AUGAUGCGCAUGAAACGCAGCGUUAGAGUGACAGAGAUACGAGAGUGAGAUAAAAAGAGAGGGAGAGCUCUCGGGUGAGGUUGUUGAACCUAGGUUAAGUUAGUUCUUGAACGCAUGAGAUCGCAUAGACUGCACUACCUCGGAGCUGAUGCAGUUCAUGCGUUCGAGAACUAACCUAACCUAGGUUCGAGAACCUCACCCGAGUGCUCUCCCUCUCAUUUUAUCUUACUUUCGUAUUUCUGUCACUCUAACGCUGCGCUUCAUGCGCAUUAUGCAUGGAAACGGAACGCACCCAUAGUUAGGUGGUGGGAAGAGACCUGUUGGCAUCUGCCCUAGCCAGUCUGCCCUUGCAAACAGCCGCAGCUACAUGCGCAGAUAUUUCUCGAUCGAAAAAGUUCUCGACGUGAAAAGUUGUAACAAUGACAGAAAAAGAAAAUAUUUUUCAAUCAUCAACAAGUGGAGCGACGAUCGACUCUGAUAUUGGACAAGAGGACCUUACGUUUAUGGUAUCUUAUAUUAAACAAGACAUUACAGACGGUUUAAAAGUUUGUUGUGAAAUGUUAGAGUCCUUAAAAAUCGCUGAAGGAUCUCCAAAUGAAGUUGUGACAAGUUUAAAAGCAAAACUUCUGGGGAAAAAAAUGACAGAAGUCAUUAUCGAGGUUCUCAAAGAUUUUGAUUUCUACGACGACUAUGCCCUUUUUUUUCCAGAGGAAGAAACUUUGCAAGAACAUGAAAAAGAAGAAGAACCGCGAACUGAUUCAUCACCGGAGAAAACGGUUUCCACUUGUUCGUCUAGUACGUCCAUUGCUUCACAAUCAGAAUCCGAGAAAGAGUAUGAGCCGCAAUGUAAGGAGCGUAAGAUUGCUGAUUACAUACCAUUGGAAAAAAAGAUAAAAAUUCUGAAUAUGGUAAGAGAACACCCUAAAUGGAGUAUACAAACAAUUCAUAAACGUGGAGGAAGUGCUCUUCAACGUAAAAGUGACUUGAAACGAUGGCGUGCAGAAAUCGAGCAAGGUGGUGGCAUUAAAGAAAAAUACGAGGCUAUUAACAAAUGGACCAUUGAUCAUUUUCGCGAAGCCAGGGAACAGAAAAAAACAGUGACAACGCGAAUGCUGCAACAAUGGGCUUCCCAAGCAGCGGUACAAUUUGAAAGCCUUAAUUUUUUAGCGUCUCACACAUGGGCAGUUAGAUUUAAACAGACUUUUCAGAUUCGACAAAGGAAAGUCACGCGAUAUAUUAAAUCGAAAAAUGCUUUGGAUAUUCCAAAUAUAUUAAAAGAAGCAGAAAAAUUUCAAAAGCGCAUAGCUAGGCAAAUUUUAAAAUUUGACAGAGAUUAUGUAAUCAAUACCGAUCAAACCGGCUUUAUAUGGCACAGUAUGCGAUAACUGCCUCAGGAAAACUGCUACCAAAAGUGUUCCUGUGCAUGCAAGAACCGAAAGGGGUGUUUGGUCCUCGUGUCUCGGCUGCAAUCGACAAGUUAUCGGAAUACUAUGGCAAUAUACACGUCACCGCCUCGAAAUCAGGUAAAUUAACAAAAGAUCAUUUUAGCCAAUUCGUCGUAAACAUUAUCAAACCAUAUUGCAACGACAACGAAUUCCUGCUCAUCUUGGACUCGUGGGGAGGGCAAACGGAUCCAGCACAUUUUAAUAGUGUUUUUACCGACGACGACGGAAAUUGUAGUUCAACAGUGGAAAUUAUUCCACCUCAUUGCACGCCGUACUGCCAACCAUGUGAUGUAUACUUUUUUCAACAAGUGAAAAACUUCAUCCGAAGAAUCCAAAAUUCUGUUGAAGUUUUACAACAAAACCGGCAGCUCUCUUCGCGAGAAGACGCAAUAAAGAUUCAUUCUUUAAUUCAUUCACAAUUAUCAUCGGGAGUUUUUACAGAUAUGAUCAAAUUUGCUUGGUUUGCAUCGAAAUUAAUUCCUGAAAGAAAUGUGUUUCGAAACGUCAACGAAAUAUGUUUCCCUCCGGA